AUCAACCAAAAACAUAAAACAACAAGAAAUGACUUCACACACUAUUUGAAUAACAAUACAUUAACCAUAAAGUAAAGGAGAAUUGACCUUUGUAGCAAACUUUCUUUAUAUUUGAAAACCGACUGUGAACAAAGACGGUCAUCGACCUCUGACCGCACGCUGGAGAAAGACUCGAACCGAACCUCUCGGAAUUGCAAACGGACAGCUCGUCGACUCGACUCGCACCUGUGGUGUCAUUUUGGAUGAUUUCGAGGCUGUUUUUGGGUGGUUUUCGGGCUGGAAUUCGUACUGAUUUAUGGAGGUGUUUUGAUGUGAGUUUUGCUGUAUUUUUCAGCUUAUUUGAUGUAGUUUUUCAACAAGAUUUGAUGUUGUUUUUCAGCAGUCUUUUAUGCUGUUUUUAUGCUGUUUUUCAGCAGCUUUUGAAGCAUUUUAGGACUGAAUUUUAUGGAGCUUUUGUUGCAUUUUUAUGGUAUUUGAAGGCUGAUAUCUAGAGGAAAAGGAUGGUGUGUUUGGUUAUUGAUGGGUGAUUUUUUUGGGGGGGUUGAAUUUCAGCUAAGUUUGGGGUAUUUUUUGAGUUGUUUUUGCAGCUGGAAUUUUUGGUUGGCUUUUUUUUUAUGGAAUUUUUGUGGAGCUUGGUGGUGUCUUAACAAUGGUGGAAUGGAGUGGAUUUUUCUGAUUUUUCUGUUUGUGUGUCGUGUGUUAUAAGUAGAAUGAGUAGGAAGGGUGAGGAAUAUGAGUGGAGAGAGUGGGAACACGAGUGGGGAAAGUGGGGGAAAUGAGAAGUAAGUGGAGAAAGUGGGAAAAGUGUGAAUAAAUUCAAACAUGGUCAAAAAUUAGUUGCUCAUAGGUAUGAGCGCCAUAUGACUUGCAGCUUGUGUAAAGCAAAGGGACACAAUAAGAGAAGUUGUCCACAUGCUGAAGGUUCAACAUCUGCUGUUGUUGCUGCUGCUUCAGCAUUUGUUCCACAUGCUGGAAGAAGAAGAGGUAGAGGAAUUGAAAGUGCUCCAUCUACUGCUGCAACUUCAUCAUCGUGUGGUUCAACAAGUAUUUCUGGAAGAGGUAGGGGAAAGGGAAGUGCUCCAUCUACUGCUGCAGCUUCAUCAUCGUGUGGUUCAAUAAGUAUUUCUGGAAGAGGCAGGGGAAAGGGAAGUGCUCCACCUGCAGGUUCAUCAAGUAUGCCAUAUGCUGGUUCAACAUGUGCUUUUGGAAGAGGAAGAGCUAGAGGAAAGGAAAGUGGAAUGGAUGCUAGAGGAAGGGGAAAGGGAACUAAUGGCUUUGAGAGUUCAAGUGACUUGGAGGGUUGGUUUAAUUGUUCAGAUGGGUCUGCUAACAAUACUCUUGAAAAGAGAAGAAAUUCAAUUGGUUCUCGCCCUUUUAAAAGGCCAAGGAUAGUAGUGCCUUGCCUACCAAGUCAAAGAGUUGUGAAUCUUGGAGCAAGAAUAGUUAUAAGUUCAACAGAGGUUACAGACAUUGGAUAUCAGUCGAGAACAAGAGUGAAAUGGAAAAGAAAAGUAGCAAUGACCACAAGGAGACUACAACAAAUGAGGGGAGGUAAAAUAAUUCAAACAAGGUCAAAGAGGGAUGCUGCAGCAAAAAAUUCAAGCCAAAACGCAACAUCUAGAAUUUAGAACCUUUAACUACUUAGACUAUGUAUUAUGCAGAUUAAGUACUUCCUUUUGUUAAUAUUAUACCUGUCUAUUGGCUUCUUUUUGUUGAUACUGCACUUGUUUUGUUGGCCACCUAUUCUGCUUAUAGCAUACUCAAACAAUUUAUGCAAAUGAUCUGUUUGGUAUUGCUUUA